CACAGUUCCCCCUCUUUUUUUUUGCGCAGCGAGAUGAAAGAUGCUCCACAGCGCCUCGGUGUUAUCGGGCCAAUCGAUGUGGAUGCCCUUAUCCGCCCACUGCAAGCUGUGUUUUGGAUUCAUCAUGAGGCACAAUCUUUGUACACAAAAGCGAACAGGCUGUCCCGUCGUCAAAACCUUCUCGGAUGCUGGGUAAAAACUACCUGGACAUGAUCGUCAUCAGACGUACACUAUCUAACGCCCCAUAUUUUUUUUCUCACUCUCUUUUUUUUCUCUCCUCAUACCCAUCACUCAUCAUUCACCAACUCGACCCUCUGCUCAUUCAUUUUCAGGACUUGCCAGCCAUGACCUCCAAUGACUCCCAGUUCCCUAUCCGUUGCCGCGGUCUGUUGUUCGACAUGGAUGGUACUCUCAUUGACACAACCGUCAUUGUAGAGCGUCAUUGGAAGGUCUGGUGCGACAAUCACAACGUCGACUUUGACACCUUGAUCGCUACUUCACACGGCCGCCCGUCUUUUGAAGUCAUGAAGCAAUGGGCCCCUGCGCACCUUCAAGAUGAAUACCAGACUCCUGCAUACCUCAGCAAACUGGAGGAAAAUGUUUUGAAAGACAUAGAUGGCAUGAUUCUCAUCCCUGGAGCUAUCGAGCUGCUUCAAUCCCUCCCAAAAACACAUUGGGCUGUUGUCACCAGUGCUGGUCUAGAGAUGGCACAGGAACGUUUCAUUCAGACCGGGCUUGCCACGCCCCCCAUCAUGGUCACUGCCACCCAUGUCACCCAAGGAAAGCCUCAUCCGGAGGGUUACAUGUCCGCGGCCAAGCAAUUAGGUUUGGAGCCCAAGGACUGUGUGGUGUUUGAGGAUGCACCUGCGGGCAUCAGGGCAGGCGUUGCUGCUGGAGCAAAGGCCGUGAUCGGUAUGAACACAGGGACGAUGCCACUGGAGCACUUGAUCGAAGCGGGCGCCAGCCCGAUUGUCAAGAGCUUUAACGACCUGAAUAUUAAGGUUCUAGAUGAUGGGUGGAUCGAGAUCACGAAGAGGGAGGCUUAAGAGCCGUGAUAAGUAGUGCCAGUGUAUCCUUUCGCAACAACUGAUAUUAGAGUGGGUCAAUAAAGCAAGAUAUUAUUUGCGCAACGAUAGCGCUGAAGAGAAGCGUAGAAGAGUGGUAUCGAUGAGACAUAAAGCAGCUAUUGAAGUGGCAGCAAGUUCGC